AUGCCAGAAAUAACAGAAAUUGCAGUACAAACCAGAUCAUUCUGUACCUUCACAAUGUGUGCUGAAAAAUUGAAUGAUGUGCCUGAAGUGGAAAUUGAAGACAGUGGUACAUUCAAGUAUGUUCUCAUCAAGGUAUAUCCUGGUGAACCAUCAGGGGAUCAUGAACCUUCAAAGUUAAUUGUCAGAGGUGGUCAAAAAUUUGGACCGUACCAUGGAGAUAUUUAUGAUGCAACUCUUGCAAAUUUGCAAAAGCUUGGACUUGAUUCAGAAUGUUUGGGUGGUGGCCGUAUUCGCCAUGAACCAGAAAAAAAAGAAUUGAAUGUGUAUGGAUAUUCUCAAGGAUUUGGAAAAGCUGAUCAUCAAUUAACUGUAUCUCUACUGAAAAAGAAAUAUUUUAACUAUGCAAUUAAUUGGAGCGAUGAAGGUUAUUAAGUGUUUUUUGCUAUUGUGAUUCAUUGUAUGAUUAAUUGAAUUGCGUAAGGGAAAAAACUUCUUUGAAAUAUCAAACAUUAUUUAUUAUGUAAUUUUGUUUGUUUCAACAGAUGAAUUAUGAUUUAUCUAAACAUUCUUCAUGAAAUGCCAAAAUUGGAAUGUUUUAUUGCUCAAAUUAUGUUCUGAUAAUUUGCUACAAUUCAUCUUUUUGUUGUGUAUUUAAAAUGUAAACGAAUAUAACUUCAUUUUCCUCUUAAUUAUUGUACUUGCAAAUAAAUGACUGUUGAACUUUUUGUCUUAUUUCCUGUAUUGGUAAAAAGAGAUUCUCUAACAAAUUACUAAUGUGUAUUUCUCCAGAAUAGCAGAUUAAGUUUUCUGCAAAGCUUGUUUCUGAUCCCUAAAGCUUGAGAUUGUAUUGUAUGUAUACAUGUUCAUUAAUACUCCCAAAUAAAUUGACCAUCUUGAAAUGUCAAAUUGAUUUUCAAUUUCCAAUUAGGUUUCUUUGACAUAAUAUCAAUUUUAUUUGUUUUAUUCAGACACUUCACAUACUUAUUGCUUGUGAUAAGAAGAGCAGUUAGAAAAUGUAUUGUAUCUAUCACUGAUCACUUAGAAUUGGGCUGUUAUUACACAAAAGAAAAUCAAAUUGAAAUGUAAGAGAUCCCAAUUACACCAAGGAAAAAAAAAC